AUUCCCACCCCGCAGACAAUGGCAGGCCCAAGUGACAAGGCUCGUUUUUACCUCGAGCAGUCGGCGACAGAGUUGAACGAGCUUGAGCGCAAGAAAAUCUUCACAAGGGAAGAAAUAAGUUCAAUAGCUAGGAAGCGCUCCGACUUUGAGCAUAUCAUCAAUGCACGCGGCUCGCAUCCCUCCGACUACCUGCGAUACAUCGAGUUUGAGAAGAAUGCCGACGCGCUCCGCCGAAAACGAAUCAAACGAUUGGGUGUUCGGUACAAGGGUGCUGGACAGCGGUCCAUCUAUUUCCUCUACAACCGCGCAACCAAGAAGUUCCCGGGCGACCUGACGCUCUGGAUGCAGUACAUUGACUUCGCGCGCAAGGACAAGGCAUACAAGAGGCUGAAUGACAUCUUCACAUCGGUCGCACGCCUGCAUCCCACCAAGCCAGACAUAUGGAUCUACGCGGCCAACUACUUCAUGGACACGCAGGCGGACAUCACAAAUGCGCGGAGUUACAUGCAGCGUGGACUGAGGUUUUGCAAGAACUCGGAGUAUCUGUGGCUAGAGUACGCCAAGCUGGAGACCAUGUACGUUGGCAAGAUUGCAGGGCGGAGGAAGAUCCUGGGGCUGGACAUUGAUCGCACCAAAAAACAGCAAACAGACGAGGGCGAGGAUGUGGAUAUGAUUGCACUGCCAGAAAUCACAGCAGAAGACGUAAAUCCGACAUUGAAGCAGGACGAUGGCGUCGAUGAGGUGGCCCUCCAGAAUCUGGCAGCUGCGCCUGUGCUCACUGGCGCAAUUCCGCUCGCCAUUUUCGAUUCCGCCAUGAAGCAGUUCCAAGGCAAACCCAGACUUGCGGAGCACUUCUUCGGCAUGUUUGCGGAAUUCGACCAGCUACCUUGCAUACCACAAAUAUUGCAGCAUGUCUUGGAUUACCUACAGGAGAAUUCGCUUUUCGCUAUAGAAACCGCCAUCUGCAGGUUCCGCAUGAAAUUAUUCGGUCGCAACCCUGCCGAUCCCAAAUUCCCUCCUGCAUUGGGAGACGCGCUCGACUUGAUAAGCUCUACCAUCCAGGAAUAUCCCAGCGAGUCUGUCCGGCUCUCCGAAGUCGCUGUUCGUCAGUUGGUAUCUCUCAAUCGGUUAUCCGCGGAUGCGGAUCCAGCUCUCCAGAAAGUGCUGCGUGUAGCUCUUCGAAAGUAUAUGCGAGCGCUAGAAGACGGUGAAGGUUCUGGAGAUAAGGUUGCCAGCUUGGCCAGAUCACUGCAGCAAGAGGGAAGGAGGCACGAUGCAGAGGCGGUGAUCCGGGCGAGCAUCAAGUACUGGGCUGCGAAUGAAGAGCUGCAGAAGCUCAACUCGGCGUUGGAGAGGUGAAGGGUUUGGGCAGCCUCGCCAGCAAAUUAGGGGUACCAAGCAUCUCUGACAUGUCUUAUCAGACGGAGCGCCAUGAGCUACACCGCUGCGGCUACAAGCGCCUUAUCGUGACAUGUGUGCUAUGAGGCCGAGUCGGACCACGUCACCUGGACGGCCAAGCGAAGCGAUGCUACUGUGGUAGCAACCGGUGUCGCAGAGCGCUGCCUUUGAAUCAUGAAUCAAUCAUCACCCCGGCCUCUUCUUGACGUCUUCUUAGCACUUUGCUGCUUCUUGGUCUUUAGGCGGCGCUCGUUGUCCGACUUUUGUCUGUCGGCUUGUCAGCGGUCGGGUCGUCGGGCAGAUAGGCUGAAGAACGUACAAGUCUUUGACUCGCUGCACCUGCUCCGCGGAUGUUUGGGCCGGCACUGCGUUGUGC